AUGGUAGAAAUCGUAAUUACGAGCGAACAAGAAGCUUUAAAAUAUGCCAAUGGAGGCAUCAAGAUUAAAGACAAAAGUACUUAUGGUUUCCCAUCUCUUGGACCAAAUAGCAAUUAUGCACUUAAGCGCACUAAAUACAGCCUGUCAGAUGACUCUGAAACUGAGAAUUAUACAAAAGUGGAUCCAUCCCCCUCAGGACGAAGACCUGAUUUGACGGCGAAGGGGAAAAAGGAGUUAGUUACUCUCUUUACAAGAAAGAGUGAUAUGGAAAACAGAGGCAAGAAUAAUACUUUCCGCACCACAUUGCGCAUAUACACAACCAACUCGUCUGGACACUUGCGCAGGAAACUGCCAGUGAGAUACGCCAAUAAAGACCGACGAAGACCUGAUUUGACAGCGAGGAGGAAAAAGGAGUUGGUUGCUCUCUCUCCAGGAAAGAGUGGUAUGGAAAACAGAGGCAAGUUCAAGCAGCGCUGCACGUUAGCAUACACCAUUCCGAGCCAACGGAUGUUCUCUAGAUCAACGGUUUCCACACCGCAUCGCACAUAA